CCAAAAAUCAAAUUACCCUCAGCUAUAUUUCUGGGAAGGAUCCUCUAAUCCCUAAAGGAUAAUCGCCUGCAGCUGUCGGGGGUGGUACAGAACAGGUAGCAGCACCUGCCAGGCGACAGACUACCUGUCCAUGCCAGUGUAUAAUUCCAGUGUAUUUAAGGCUGCGCUGGGAUCCGCAAUCAGUUCACUCGCCAGCAAAUCGCAGCAGGAUGAAGUUCGUUGCCUUUCUACUGCUCAGCAGCCUGACCAUCGUGUUGGUGGUGGCGUUUCCUGGUCGGCACAGCGCACAUCCUGAUCAGCCAGCUGCUGGCGACAAUGCUAAUGCAAUUUCGCGAUCCGCCGCGCCAGUGGCGGCGACAACGCACCAGGACGAUGCUCUCGUACGCGAGCCUCGCCAUCUGCUGAAGUAUCUGCUCUCGAAGCCCGUGGUGGUGCAGCCAAUUAUCCUGCAGCAGCAGCAGCUGCAGCCUGUUGCCGUGCCCAGGCACGGCUAUCCCGGGUACGGCUACAGCUACGCAAGUCCGUCCUACUACGGCAACAGACGGUAUUAA